CGCCGAGUGCAGUCACGUGAGCCGGGCUGCGGUGCCCCGGUCCGCGCCGUCAUGGUGGCCCCGAUGUACGGCUCCCCCGGCGGCCGCCUGGCCCGGGCGCUGACGCGGGCCCUGGCGCUGGCCCUGGUGCUGGCCCUGCUGGUCGGGCUGUUCCUGAGCGGCCUGACGGGCGCGAUCCCGAUCUCGGGGCGCCAGUGGGGGCCCGACGGGCCGGUCCCACCCGCCUCCCGCAGCCGCUCGGUGCUCCUGGACGCCGAGACCGGCCAGCUCCGACUGGUGGAUGGCCGCCACCCUGACGCCGUGGCCUGGGCCAACCUCACCAACGCCAUCCGCGAGACCGGAUGGGCCUUUCUGGAGCUGCGCACGAACGGCCGCUAUAACGACAGCCUGCAGGCCUACGCGGCGGGCGUGGUGGAGGCCGCCGUGUCUGAGGAGCUCAUCUAUAUGCACUGGGUGAACACGGUGGUGAAUUACUGUGGCCCCUUCGAGUACGAAGUCGGUUACUGCGAGAAGCUCAAGAACUUCCUGGAGACCAACCUGGAGUGGAUGCAGGAGCAGAUGCAGCGGAACAAGGGCUCUGCUUAUUGGCAUCAGGUGCGGCUGACCCUCCUGCAGCUGAAGGGUCUGGAGGACAGCUAUGAAAGCAGUGUGACCUUUCCGACUGGGAGGUUCACCAUCAAACCCUUGGGGUUCCUCCUGUUGCAGCUUGCUGGGGACCUGGGAGACCUAGAGCCAGCCCUGAACAAGACCAAGAGCAAGCACGUCAUGGGCUCUGGUUCAUGCUCCGCCCUCAUCAAGCUGUUGCCUGGCCAGAGUGACCUCCUGAUCGCCCACAACACCUGGAGCUCCUACCAGAACAUGCUGCGCAUCAUCAAGAAGUAUUGGUUCCAGUUCCGGGAAGACCCCCAAGUGAAUUCUCCGCCGGCUCCUGGCAACAAGCUGGUCUUCUCAUCCUACCCUGGCACCCUCUUCUCCUGUGACGACUUCUACAUCGUGGGCAGCGGGCUGGUGACACUGGAGACCACCAUCGGCAACAGGAACCCGGCCCUGUGGAAGUACGUGCAGCCCGAGGACUGUGUGCUGGAGUGGGUCCGCAAUGUCGUGGCCAACCGCUUGGCCCUGGACGGGGACGCCUGGGCGGACAUCUUCCAGAAGUUCAACAGUGGCACGUACAACAACCAGUGGAUGAUCGUGGACUACAAGGCGUUUGUCCCCGGCGGGCCCAGCCCUCGGAGCAGGGUGCUCACUGUCCUGGAGCAGAUCCCGGGCAUGGUGGUGGUGGCCGAUAAGACCUCGGAACUCUACCAGAAGACCUACUGGGCCAGCUACAACAUCCCGUACUUUGAGAGCGUGUUCAACGCCAGCGGGAUGCAGGCCCUCGUGGCCCAGUACGGGGACUGGUUCUCCUAUGACAGGAGCCCCCGGGCCCAGAUCUUCAGGCGGAACCAGUCGCUGGUGCACGACUUGGACUCCAUGAUCCGGCUUAUGCGGUACAACGACUUCCUGCACGACCCACUGUCACUGUGCAAAGCGUGCAGCCCGCAGGCCAACGCAGAGAACGCCAUCUCGGCCCGCUCCGACCUGAACCCGGCCAACGGCUCCUACCCUUUCGAGGCCCUGCAGCAGCGCUCCCACGGGGGCAUAGAUGUGAAGGUGACCAGCAUGGCCCUGGCCAAGGCCUUUCAGCUUGUGGCGGCCAGUGGCCCCACGUGGGACCAGCUGCCCCCGUUCCAGUGGAGCGCCUCGCCCUUCAGCGGCCUACUGCACAUGGGCCAGCCCGACCUCUGGAAGUUCUCGCCCGUCGAGGUGCGGUGGGACUGAGCCUCCGUCUCAGCCCCACCGACCCCCGCGGGGCCACCACAGGCCGCUGCCCCGACGUCCCACCCGCCCGCUCCGUGGGCUUCGUCACCUGCCGUGCCCAGAUGUGGGACCCGGGUCUGCCAGGGUUACUCUCAUCUGGGUCGUCUCCUAGAUGGGACACGAGGCCCGCCGGGGCCCAGCACUGACUCGUUCGCUCUCCGUAAGUGGGCGAGUGCCGCCCUUGUCCCCUGCCUCUGCACCUCUCUCUCUGCCCUGUCUGCUUCUCUCUCUCCCCCGGCCUGGGGCCCUGUCCUCAUGCUGCCCUCUCCUGAGGGCUUGGGAGGGGUCCUGGGGUGGGGUUCGGGGCCCCUGCUGGGGCAGCGGGGGACUGUCUGGGUCCCUGCCUCCUGGUGUCAUUCCUGCCGGUGGCUCUGGAGCUUGUGGGGUUUCGGCCCCGAGACCUGGGCGUUGCCUCUGGUUGGCAUCCGUCCUGCCACCUCCCGCCCCUGCCCCCCUCGGGAAGCAGCCCCCUGGUUUCCCUCCUGGGCGGCUUCCCUGAGGACAGAAACUUGAACACAAACAAAAACCAAAGUUUCUGGUGACUUGUGGCUGCGGGGGUGUGAGUGUGCCUCGUUGGCCUCGUUGGCUGCAGCCUCUUGCCCCUUGCCCCCCAGCUUGGGCCUGCCCUUGGCCUCUGGGCCGUGCCCACAGCUCCCCUGCUGUAGGAACCAAAUCGCAGGCUGUGCUGCCAUUAAAUGAGAGGCCGUGGCC